UGAUGUGCUGGAUGUUGAGGAUAAUGGCAGAAGGGGUGAUGAAGCAGUCAAGCCAGAAGCUGGUAGCACCAGUCCGCAUCCUGAUAAUGUGGAUCAGUAAAUGUAGAAGGCAGCCAUGCACACCCUUUCAUUCAGCAAAGUGACACUCUCGCUUACCAAGAGAGGAGAGAAGAGAGAAGACAGAAGAGAGAAGAGAGAAGAGAAAGGCAAGCAAAAAGACCCAAAAUGCCACCACCAGGACCAGCACCACAACAGCAGCAGCACCACCACCCAACGACCACCUCUCAGAAUGGCGAGCACAGACCCACCCAGCGUCCACCGCCGCAACAACAACAGCACCACCACCACCAGCAUCAUCAUCCUUAUUAUCCAACAUCAUCCUCAUCAGCAUCCUUAAAAGGGUGUUGCUGUUGUCUCUUCCUUCUCUUCUCAUUCUUGGCUCUUCUAGUCCUCGCAAUCUUUCUCAUAAUUAUUCUCGCAGUCAAGCCCAAAAAACCUCAAUUCGAUCUCCAACAAGUGGGCGUUCAAUACAUGGGCAUUUCCGCUUCUAACCCAACUGCUUCUCUCGACCCCACCACAACCGUAGCGACCGGACCCACAACCGCUUCGCUCUCACUGACAAUCCACAUGCUAUUCACUGCUGUGAACCCUAACAAAGUUGGGAUCAAGUAUGGUGAGUCUCGGUUUACUGUCAUGUACCAUGGGAUUCCUUUAGGUAAAGCUUCUGUUCCUGGGUUUUAUCAAGAAGCUCAUAGUGAAAGACAAGUUGAAGCUACUAUUUCUGUUGAUCGUUAUAGCUUGAUGCAAGCUAAUGCUGCUGAUUUAAUUCGUGAUGCUUCCCUUAAUGAUAGAGUUGAGCUUCGUGUUCUUGGUGAAGUUGGUGCUAAGAUCCGAGUUCUCGAUUUUGAUUCUCCUGGUGUUCAGGUAUCAGUGAAUUGUGCAAUAGCAAUAAGUCCAAGGAAGCAGUCUCUUACAUACAAGGAUUGUGGAUUUGAUGGACUAAGUGUCUGACUAAGCAGUACAGGACGAAAAACUAAAGAGGAAAAAAAUUGGAAAAAGAACUGUUCUUUCUUGUGUUAUUCUUUUGCUCUCCAGAGAUAAGCAAGAGAGAGUGGAGAAAAAAGCAAAAGAGAAGGCUAGAAAGCAGAAAGCAAGAGGGGUAGAAAACCCAUAUCCUCACUUGGAUGGAAGUCGGAUCAGAGGCUGAGGAUUAGGUCAAAAAAGAGAAGAAAAAGGGAUAUUCCAAAUGGGAAAAUCAAGAGUUUUUCCCAAGAUUUUGCAGUUUUUAUUAUUUUUUAAUAUUGGUUGUGGCUUACUUCACUUAUAAGCAAAAAUUUGCUGAUUGCGUGUAAAGUGUAAAGACUCAGUAAUGCUACCAUUCCACACCCAAUUGGCUUA